GACCCGCGGCUGGUCUCGCCCUCUUCCCGCCGCGCUGCUUCUUCCUCCGCUGCGGCUUCUCUGCCAGCUGCUGGCGAAGGUAGCCCCGCCAGAGGCAGCCGAGGCAGCUGGAAGCGUCCCUUGCAAGUUGCUCCACUGUUGCGACUCCCGACGCUGUCCCGGGACGAGCGAUGCAAGCCCGCCGUCCUUUUGCAUCACAAGCGCAGUAAAUUCCGAUCCUUUUGCCUUACGGCCCUCCCUGCAGGAAAAUCAGAUUUUCGCCUUUCGCCCGCGAUGGACUCCAGGCUCCUGCGCCUCUGCCUUUGGGGUGCUUUUUCCGGCUUUUUCCUGCCCGGGGUGUCUGGAAUGACUCCAGAUUGCACCAUCAUGACGGUCAUUGAGGCUGAACGAGAGAAGUGCCUGGGAUACUCCAGUUCGGAUAACCUGACUUUAGGUUGUGGAAGUCUCUGGGAUAGCAUUAACUGCUGGCCCGCCGCAAAUUUGGGGGAAACAAAAGUGUUGUCCUGUCCUCUCUUUUUCACCUACUUUUCAAAAUUUCAAGCCCGAAAUUGGAAAGAGAUUGAUUUGUUUGGGUUUUUUUGCUCGUGGAUUUAUUCCAACGGCAAGCCAAGAUAAAGAUCGUGGUUAAAUCUUUAGGAUGCUUGAAACAAUAAGCUGAUAAUUUAGACCACACACUUUGUGCCCUCAUCACAAACUCUUUAUGCCAUGAUAUCCAUCACGGACAACCAUUCUU